CGUACGCGCGCUAACUGUCUGUACGGUGAACAGAGCUCUGCACAUCUGCCGCAUCAUUUGCGUAUGAACGAACCGCAUGUGUGGGUGUUUGUGGCGUGAAACGCGGUGUGCACGCUUUAUUGAGUAAAUCUUUGGUGAAAAUUUUGCAUCCACCGGGUAGAGCGGCGAAGGAAAUGCGCGCUUAGAGCGGGAGAAAAUUCACACAGCCGAAAACGAAGAAAAAUUCACACACAACAGCAGAAAAGAGAAAAAAAAACUAGCGCCCCUUUUCGUGGGAGAAAGUUUAGCUUACGCGACCGUUACAACGACCAUCGCGGGUCGCCGCGCGAGUGAGAGAGCGAGUGCUCGUGAAAAGUUCGCGAUUGCGCAGCGAGAUCGCGCGUUAUUUUUCCUACCUCCCACGGUGUGUCGUUUAGUGGUGCCGUGACCGUUGGUCAGAUUUAAAACGCUCGGAACCACGGAUGGUGUUCGGAGCUGGGCAGUAGCAAAAGAAAAAAAACGACGCUCCAUUUCCACUGUCGAGACUGUCGGGCAAAAGCGCGUGCAUCAUAAGGCAUGGAUAACUACAAGAAGAAAACACCCGGCCGGGUGCAGCAUUUGGAGUACACCCAAAUACGCCCGCAGCUUACCGGUGGAAGCAAAUCCGAACUCUCAGGAUAUAUCUUCGGUCGCAUGAAGUCCGAACAGAAUGAUGUGCCGGUGCAGACGGUUGCCGGCUCGACGCUGCCGCUGGUGGACAUGAUCAAGGACGAUGAGGAGGCGGGCACGUACAACCCUUUCGAACAUCGCAAGCUAACGCACCCGACCACUGACAUGGAGACGCUGGUUCACCUGCUGAAGGGAUCACUUGGUUCGGGCAUCCUUGCGAUGCCGCUAGCCUUCGUGAAUGCCGGACUAUGGUUUGGACUGGCUGCCACCAUCGCGAUCGGAGCCAUCUGUACCUACUGCAUCCACAUCCUGGUGCGCUGUUCGCAAAUCUUGUGCCGACGGGCGCAAUUACCCUCGCUUGGAUUCGCCGAUGUGGCUGAAGUUGCGUUCCUGGCCGGACCUGAGCAGCUGAAGAAGUACUCCCGGCUCGCGCGGUUCAUCAUUAACCUGUUCCUGGUGAUCGAUCUCGUCGGUUGUUGCUGCAUCUACAUCGUGUUUGUGGCCACCAACCUGAAGCAGGUCGUUGAUCACUACACUCACACGUACUGGGACGUGCGCAUCUACAUCCUGAUGCUACUGCUCCCGCUGAUCCUGAUCAAUUUGAUCCGCAAGCUCAAGUACCUGACGCCGUUCUCGCUGAUCGCGAACGUGCUGAUCGGGGCCGGUGUUGGAAUAACGCUCUAUUACAUCAUGACGGAUCUGCCCUCGAUGUCGGACCGUAAGGCCAUAGCGGAAGUGCAGCACCUGCCGAUGUUCUUCGGUACCGUGAUCUUUGCCCUCGAGGGUAUUGGUGUCGUGAUGUCGCUUGAAAACAACAUGAAGAACCCGCAGAACUUUAUCGGCUGUCCUGGUGUGUUGAACACGGGCAUGGCAGUUGUGGUGGUGUUGUACGCUUCGGUCGGUUUCCUGGGUUAUCUGAAGUACGGUGAUGACACUAAAGGAAGCAUCACGCUGAACUUACCGGUGCAGGAUGUGUUGGCUCAAAUGGUGAAGCUCAUGAUUGCGUUGGCUAUUUUCCUGACCUACUCACUGCAGUUCUACGUACCCAUGGAGAUCAUCUGGAAGAACAUCAAGGGCAACUUCAACGAACACCAGAACGCGGCCGAGUACUCGCUUCGUAUCGGUCUGGUGAUCUUGACAGUGGUGAUUGCUGCCGCACUGCCGAACCUUGGCCCGUUCAUCACCCUCAUCGGUGCCGUGUGCCUCAGUACGCUUGGGUUGAUGUUCCCUGCCGUGAUCGAGCUGGUGACGUUCUACGAGAAGCCUGGCUUCGGUCGGUUCAACUGGGUCCUGUGGAAGAACGUGUUUCUCAUCCUGUUUGGUGUGGUCGGCUUCGUUACCGGCACGUACGUCAGUAUUAUGGAGUUCUCGGAGCACCUCGAGGAAGUUUAAGGACGCGCAUUCGAUUCCGUCAGCACUUUUCGCCCUCAUACGAAUUCCUUAGGCGUGCCAGCGCACCGUAGCACCAUUCGUGCUUCAAAUCGUGGCUGUGCUCCAAUGCACUCCAAUGCAGGCAGGAUUGUUGCCUUCUAUCGUUCCGAACGGCGCCAUCGUGCGACCGUGCGCUGCCGGAUGCAUGACAUGAGCGAGGUUGAUUCGCGAAUCACCGUUGUGGCAGGAUGUCACAGCGUUGGUGCUUCGACGCCUCCUUCGAUUGUAGGAUCUCGUUGACAGUCAAUGACGUAUCUGUUAGUGCGCUUGCAGAGCUGGCUACGUAUGCCUGCGUAUCCUUAUUUUUACAUUUGGUUUUACCCCAGUACCGUCCCAGUACCCUGUAAAACGUCCUCAGAAUACCUCCCUACUAACACUCUCCUACACCCCACCGCCACGGAACUGCCCGUGUCCCAAUUCGCUUGGCAUCGACACCUCUCCUAGUGCAUCCCUGUUCGUUAUCGUUAAGUGUGCAAACUCUGCCCGGAUCUGAUCCGGGCGUCCGUAUCUGCGAUAAAAUAGAGAAGAAGCAAAAACAAUGUCUGAGAAUUGUGUACAAUACACAACACCCUGGUAGAAACUCUGUUCGAAUCGAAUAAAAACGGCCCCGCGCUGUCAAACAGGUUCGGUUAGCACAUUUAGGACAAGCGUAACUUCCGGCACCGUAGGUGUAUGGUGGUUAUACGACUUCCGCAAACACCAUUUCGGUAGGAUAACUUCGUUAGGCUUACGAUAACAUACACACAAAGUGUGAAAGGGAAGAGUUGACGCCCGGCGGCCGCGUGGUCAGAGCUGGCUAGACGAUUCCCGGCCACCAAAAGUCAUGUGCCUAGUGUUAACCGCACAGGAUUGUGAUGUUGAGCUGUCAUGUAGUGCGUAAGAGUUUCGUUCGACCGAAGGGUGUAACAGCCGGACGGAAGGACAUAUUUAUCUUUUGUUUUGUUUUUUCAUCCCAUCAACACCCUAAGGGCGUAUAGUGCAUGAGGGAAUGUUCCUAGCGGACUCUAGAUCGGAGAACGGUUAGCCAUUAGAAUGCUAGUGUAGCUGCUAUCUUGCUGUAGAUGCGAACUACUCGCAUGCUGUCGGAGUUUGCGGGUUGUGUGAAUUGACCGAUGCUUUGCGUAACGAAAAUUUUAAUCCACCUGCAACAGGGUAUAGUUGAAAGGAAACCUUAUGCAAACCUCAACCCAUCCGGAUGUCUAUUGUCAAAAUGUCUUCCAUCAAAAAAGAGCUAUCGUAAAGCAUAUAUUUACUAUUUACCGUACAGAUGAAGCAUAUGUAUUUUAAACUAACCGGAUCUACCACAGCAGCUCAUUGUUCGUAUACAUAGUAGAUUGCAUUGAAACAGUUGGUUUUUGCAAAUGACUACGUAGAAAUAAUUUUAAAUAAUGUAUAGAUUUCUAGGCGUAUUACUAGAACAUGAUAAGUACACGAUACGUGUAUCGAUUUUUCUCGAUAAACAUUUCAGAUUUAUGCUCUAAAUAAACAUAAUCA